UCCUGCUUCCUCCUGAUCUUGUCGAUGAGGAUUUUUAGACCGUGGAGACUACGCUGCCCUGCCCUGCACCUACCCUCACUCUCCGUGUUCUCACUAAAGUGGAAAUUGCCUUCCCUCACUACUGAAGAGACCAUGUGUAAAAGCGUGACCACAGACGAGUGGAAGAAAGUCUUCUAUGAGAAGAUGGAGGAGGCAAAGCCGGCUGACAGCUGGGACCUCAUCAUAGACCCCAACCUCAAGCACAAUGUGCUGAGCCCUGGUUGGAAGCAGUACCUGGAGUUGCAUGCUUCAGGCAGGUUCCACUGCUCCUGGUGCUGGCACACCUGGCAGUCGCCCUACGUGGUCAUCCUCUUCCACAUGUUCCUGGACCGCGCCCAGCGGGCGGGCUCGGUGCGCAUGCGCGUCUUCAAGCAGCUGUGCUAUGAGUGCGGCACGGCGCGGCUGGACGAGUCCAGCAUGCUGGAGGAGAACAUCGAGGGCCUGGUGGACAACCUCAUCACCAGCCUGCGCGAGCAGUGCUAUGGCGAGCGUGGUGGCCAGUACCGCAUCCACGUAGCCAGCCGCCAGGACAACCGGCGGCACCGUGGAGAGUUCUGCGAGGCCUGCCAGGAGGGCAUCGUGCACUGGAAGCCCAGCGAGAAGCUGCUGGAAGAGGAGGCGACCACCUACACCUUCUCCCGGGCGCCCAGCCCCACCAAGUCGCAGGACGAGACGGGCUCAGGCUGGAACUUCUGCUCUAUCCCAUGGUGCUUGUUUUGGGCCACGGUCCUGCUGCUGAUCAUCUACCUGCAGUUCUCCUUUCGUAGCUCCGUAUAAGAUUCCGUGGUUGGGCCCAGAGCCUGUCGAGGGUGCCAGUUAGCUGAUGGAAGGGUAGAGGAGAGACGUGGGUUGAGAAUAGUGUCAACUUCUAGCGCUGGUGAUGCCACUGCCUCAGUGGGGAUCUUGGACAAAUUAUACAGUUUUUCCAUCUAUAAAACUUAGGGUUUGGGCAAGAUCAUUGGUUUAUCAUAGUGAAACCCAGGACCCCAAAGUUCUGCAUAGGUGCCUCAGGGACUUUUGGAUUUGGAAAGUAGGCUAAGCUAGUGGGUGUCUCCAACUCCUGGUCUAACCACCCAUCCUCCAACUCCUACCUCCUCCUCUUGCUUUGAUCAGAACAGCUUUACUUUAGAUGGGGUUCCAUUUAAGAUUUUUGUACCAAAAAAAAAAAAGUUUAACUACUUUUAAAACGUUUGAAAAUUAGAGGACUGGGUGAUGUCAAAAGGGCUUUCCACAGUAAUGAGCUCGACCUUGCUCUUAUUAGUCCCUCACCCCUGCCCCGCAUGAUCUCCCACUUUCUCCAGCUGCAGCCUUAAAUUAGCUUCUUUGCCCACUCUGAGAGCCUCAUCUGUGAUUCUGCCUUCACAUACGCAGCAGAGGUUUCCCUUGAAGUGCAAGAGGCGGGAGAUCAGGCUGUUCCUUUGCUGCCAGGUACACAGGGUCUCUUGCUUUUGUUUCUCAGAUUCCAGCUUCUUUCCACUCAGGGCAGAUUCUGGGGUCUGCCUGCCUGAAAGAUGGUUGUUGGGGUGGGGUCUCAUAGAGCUAGGCUUCUCACCCACUGCGUAUGAACUGGCAGAGAAUUUAGGGGAGGUUUAGAAGACAGAGUUUUAGAAGCAAAGCACAAAAUCUCUGGGAAGCAUUAUAAUGGAGGAUCUUCAGAGUGCAGGGACCAAGUCCAGCAGAUUCUCAGCAGUGCUGAUGGCCAGAAUUCAGGAGCAGGGGCCUGGCCUCCUGGGUUCUUUGCUUAAAUUAUAGUCGAAUGGCUGUCCCACAUUGGUCAAGCCUGAGGCCUCUUGCCAAAGAUCAGUUGUCCCCCUAAAGCCACAGGGAUGGGUAUCUUCAGCAAGAGAGAGGGCAUUAAAGAUGUAAAAUGCUUUGUCCAUGGGGAAGUGCACAGAUAUGUGGAAGAGCCUUACAAGGCUGUAAAAUGAGAUGUGAUAUGGCUUGAAAUGGGAGGAGAGAAGACUUUCUGACAAUGGGGGUCUGGAAUGGAAUUGAUGGGGAGAGGCAGCAAGCUGCAAUUUUGAGGGGCCUCAUUUACCCCACCUGUGUUAACAGCUUGACUACUCUCCUCUUUAAUAGAAAGUCAUCAUCUGUAGUGAUGGAGGAAGGGGGAUCACUUAUAUAAAGAUAGGACACUUUAAUAGAGACAGGAUAUCUU